AUGACCGUGCAACGCCCGUCGUGGCCGCCGCUCUACUUCCCGCACUUCCACGGCACCGAGCCCGUGCCGCGGCCGGCCGGGGACGCCUGGGCCCCGCUGGCGGCUCUGUGCUGGCCCUGGCAGCCGCUGCCGGCCCGCUACGCCGCGCUGCCCGCUGCCGUGCUGCCGGAGCCGCCGCGCCUCUGCUGCCCGCCGGGCGCUCCGCGGGCCGGGGACGGGGUGCGGCGGCCGCAGCUGCAGCUUCAGGAGGAGAUGUGCGAGCUGGGCAUCCGCCUGAAGGAGCUGGAGCUGGCGGCGCUCAUCGGCGAUGGUUUCGACGCCAGGCAGUAUAAAAUYCUGAAGGARCUGGAAGAAAAGAAGAUUCAAAGCAUGAAAGCAAUGCAGAACCUGAAGUAA